GGGGUGUGAUGGAGAACGCAUAGGCUGUUUUGUGUAGGCUCAUUAGAGUUUUGCUAGAUUAAGAAGUGGGGGCACUGUUCUGAAUUCUCUUUUCAUCAGCAAAUGUUCCUUUUUGUCAGUAUUUGAUGUACCAGUGUCACAGGAUUAAAGAAGCUAUUUUUGUUUUGUGAAUGCAGUCUCUUAUUCUCCCCCUUUCCAAACAGAAGGGAGUGUGUGUGUAUGUGUGUGCCUGCUUCUCUAGGCUUGGUUGGUUGCACAAGUCGCCUUCUAUGUGCUGUGUUGCUUGCCUUGUUGCCUAGACGAUAACUUGCUUCCAGGGAGAAGAUGUCUGGUUCUCGUAAAGAAUUUGAUGUGAAACAAAUUCUGAGAAUCAGAUGGCGGUGGUUUAGCCAUCCUGUAUCUUUGCCAACUGGCUCAAGUGACAGCCACCAGGGGGACUUUUGGAAUCGAGGGUCAAAUGAGACAAGUGAUGGAAGAAAGUUUUUAGACCCUGGUAAUCUUCCACUGCCCUUGACUUCAAUGGGUUGUCAGAGAUCUAAUCACAUGGAUUUACAGAAUUCACCACCCUGGCCCAUGGCAUCUGCUCCAGAAGUGCCCACAUUUCAAUUUACAAACGAGGAUUUUGAAGGUGCACACUGGCUUAAUGAACCUGAAGAAGAGGGAGGAGUGAGUGAAGAAGACAAUGAAUCUGACAGCAGCUCCAGCAGAACCUCCAACAGCAGUCAAACGUUGUCUUCAUGCCACACUAUGGAACCCAGCUCCCCGGAUGAAUUCUUUCAGGCUUUGAACCAUGCAGAACUUACUUUUAAGAAAAUGGAAAACUACCUGAGACACAAGCAACUGUGUGAUGUGGUUCUUGUAGCUGGUGCUCGAAGGAUUCCUGCUCACAGGCUGGUUCUUUCAUCCGUUUCAGACUACUUUGCUGCAAUGUUUACUAAUGAUGUCAGGGAGGCAAAGCAAGAAGAAAUCAAGAUGGAAGGUGUGGAUCCAAACGCACUGUGGGCUUUAGUGCAGUAUGCAUACACAGGUCGUCUGGAACUGAAAGAAGAUACCAUUGAGUGCCUGCUGUCAACAGCCUGCCUUCUUCAGCUUUCACAAGUCGUUGAAGCUUGCUGUGGAUUUUUAAUGAAACAACUCCAUCCCUCUAACUGCCUUGGAAUUCGGUCAUUUGCAGAUGCUCAGGGCUGUACAGACUUGCAUAAAGUGGCUCACAAUUUCACCAUGGAGCAUUUCAUGGAGGUGAUCAAAAAUCAGGAAUUUUUGUUGCUGCCAUCAAGUGAGAUAUCAAAAUUGUUAGCUAGUGAUGAUAUGAAUAUUCCAAAUGAAGAAACCAUAUUGAAUGCACUGUUGAGCUGGGUUCGACAUGAUUUGGAAGAAAGAAAAAAAGAUCUUAGUAAACUUUUGGCUUACAUCAGGCUUCCUUUGCUUUCCCCACAGUUUCUUGGAGAUAUGGAAAAUAACACACUUUUCAGGGAUGACAUUGAAUGUCAAAAGCUAAUCAUGGAGGCAAUGAAGUAUCACUUGCUACCUGAAAGAAGACCAAUGUUACAAAGUCCUCGUACAAAACCCAGGAAGUCUACUGUUGGAAUACUGUUUGCAGUUGGAGGAAUGGAUGCAACCAAAGGUGCCACAAGCAUUGAGAAGUAUGAUCUACGUACUAACACUUGGACACAGGUUGCCAACAUGAAUGGACGGCGUUUGCAGUUUGGAGUUGCAGUAUUGGAUGACAAACUGUUUGUUGUAGGAGGCAGAGAUGGCUUGAAAACUUUAAAUACUGUAGAGUGCUACAACCCAAAGACUAAAACAUGGAAUGUCAUGCCACCUAUGUCCACACACAGGCAUGGUCUUGGGGUGGCUGUACUAGAAGGACCCAUGUAUGCUGUAGGAGGCCAUGAUGGUUGGAGUUAUCUGAACACAGUAGAGAGAUGGGAUCCUCAAGCAAGACAGUGGAAUUUUGUUGCCAGCAUGUCAACACCACGCAGCACUGUUGGUGUAGCAGUGCUCAAUGGGAAAUUGUAUGCUGUUGGUGGUCGUGAUGGAAGCUCUUGUCUUAAGUCCGUUGAAUGCUUUGAUCCACAUACAAAUAAAUGGACCCCAUGUGCCCAGAUGUCAAAAAGAAGAGGAGGUGUAGGAGUAGCCACGUGGAAUAGCUUCUUAUAUGCCAUUGGAGGGCAUGACGCACCAGCAUCCAACCUCACAUCCAGAUUGUCAGAUUGUGUAGAAAGAUAUGAUCCUAAAACAGACGCCUGGACAGCAGUGGCCCCCAUGAGCAUUAGCAGGGAUGCUGUAGGAGUAUGCCUGCUCGGUGACAGAUUGUACGCUGUUGGGGGAUAUGAUGGCCAAACGUAUUUAAAUACUGUUGAAGCAUAUGAUCCGCAGACUAACGAAUGGAUUCAGGUUGCAUCACUUUGCCUUGGAAGAGCUGGAGCCUGUGUAGUGACUGUUAAAUUAUAAGUGCUCUGUUCUUCUGUUUAACUCACUUAGGUUGUGUUACCAGGAGAAACAGAUUAAGAUGUGCUGCCAUUUUAGCCCAAAGAAAACGAAAAUUCUUAUUUUGAUAUUUUUAUCAUAUUUCAGUAUAAAAUGCAUUUAGUAGAAGAAAAGUAUAUUUAUUUUGGAUGGUCAGCCUAGGGAAAAUUGUUAUUUAAUAAACACACUUUUAGCAAA